AACAAAUCGCUUUUUUAUUUAUGUACAUUAAGCUCGUACUAUUGGUAAUAUUUGUUAUCAAGUGUAGCAGAAACCUGAUUCGAAGAUAGCCUUAGCCAGCUUUGUCACAAGUGAAUAAAACUAAAGGAAAACAUAAAAUCAAUACAUAUAAUAUCUUAUCAGAAGCAGAAAGAAUCAUGGAGCGAGAUGGCGAUCACAAUGAGAUUGAAGAUUCCCCUGAGGUAGAUGAAAUCAUCCCAUCUGAGACGAAGCAAGCAGAAGGCACAACGGAUGCCGAACAGGCUGGUGAAUCUGGCUCCCAGCACCUUGAUUCGAGCUUGGACUGCAGCCGCCAGUCGACUCAACGUGUUGAACAUCUCCAGCUACGAGUACACAACAAUAAUCAACAAUUGCAGCGCAUAAACAAAAAGCUAGAGCCAUACAAGUGCUGCGUGUGUGCCAAAUACUUGCGCUGGGGCGUCAUUACCAUCUGCGGGCACUUCUACUGCUGGGGCUGCCUGUGGCCGCAGCUGCACGACAAAGCACAUCCCAAAUGCUGCCGGUGCUCAAGGCCAUUGAUCCUGCACGAAGACAUCAUUCCGUUUCACUGCGAUGGGCCCAACGAUGCGGCUGGUUACUGUUUGCCGGCCCAGCCGGGCAACGUGCCACGCCCAACGGGAUUCUAUUUCGACGCUUACAAUGUUCCCAACUGGUUCACUUUCUACGAGCGGAUGGAGGAUGCUCAGCAGUUGAGCCGCAAUUUAUUUUAUGUGCUUGGGAUUCUGCGCACCAAUUAUCCACGCACUAUUCAGCUGUUGGACCUCCUACAGUGGAUCCAGGUGCUGUGCAUCGGUAUCCUGUGUUUAUUGUGGUGUCGAGUCUCGUUUAACUAGAAGAGAUAAUUACAGACGUUAUCAGCUUUGGGAAAGACAGUGUUUAGUUUAAAUAUUAACGUUCGGCAAUACUGCAACAGUUUGCAUACAUUUGGAAGACCUGAAAUAAAUUACCCAAAGCCA